CAAGUGUUUAUGCAAAGAUGGCGGGCAAAGUUGGAGCAGGAAAAUGUCUGUAAAAAUCCGCUAAAAGUUUCCACCUUUUACCGGGGUUAUGAGUCUUAUGAGACAAGUAAGCCUUCUGGCAGCUGGCUGCCAGCCAUGGAACCUUGAUGUGUGCGCAGCGAGCUGUAAUGGGGAUCGAUUUGCCUACUGCGCGACCCUGGCGGUUUACGUUUACGAGGUAUGACGGAGAAGUCGUUUUGCGUUCCAAAACCGCGGUUCCCUUUCUAUCUUCAGUUUAUCCCCGAUUUCAGUGUUUUUUCACUCUGUUUAUAUUUUGGAUAAAGAGGAAAAUGGUAUUAAUUUGAUUCGUUAAAACUUGAUUCACUUGUUGUAGUGACUUUGCAUUGUUGAAUGUUUAUAUUUGCCAUUGGUUACAUUAAUCCGCGGUCGCGGUUUGUGGAAUGCGUAUGACUGCUCAGUAUUCCGAUGUUACUAGGUAAACACCUUCCCAUCUCACCGUCUUUUAAGAGGAGCUGAUACUCUCUUCUGAGAAGAUGGUUAAAUAAACAAAUUGUCAUCGUUAAUUUGGGAAUCAUUUUAUCUUGAUAAGUUUAUUUACUUCCAAAUUCUACUCUUCUAGAUUAAAGCUUAACUUUACCGAAAUGUGGAAGCAAGGCGACGUUCUCUGGCAGACAAAUUUUUCUUUAUUAAACAGCGGCUUAAAAGUUCGUGCUAUUUGUUCUCUUGUAGAAACAUUUUGAGACAACGGAAGGGUUCCAUUUUGAAAUGUUGCGUUUAGCUCGCUUCUUAUAUGAAAUGAUAGCUUCGUCUCCCGCCCCUCAUUGAUGAGCACAUUUCCAUUAUCCCUAUUCCCACUUGUUCCAAUUUUUCAGUAAAAUUGGUGAUUCUUAUUGGAAUAUUAUUGUUACAUUUUGCACAUCCUAUGCAGUAGGCAUACUUAAUUAUAGCAUCUUUGGAGGUUAUCCGUUAUCAGGUAGAAGAGUAAUAUUAUAAUUUUUCACAUUUAUUUAAAUUAUCUGAUAGGUUUGGUGACUUAUUCAUACUAGGGCAUAGUGUUUUGUAGAAUCCCUUGGAAGUUGUCUUCUCCACAUUCUGGGGGGCAUCUUAUGCAUACCUGGAGCUUGAAGAAUAAUAUUAUGACCACCUAAUCCUGCUUUUUUUUUUUUGUCAGUUGGAUCGCCAGUUCAAUGAGUUUCGUCUGUCAGCCAUUUUAGCACAGCACAAGAAGACAAUUACAUGCCUUGUUUGGCAUUCCAAAAACUCUGACAUUCUUGCAACAUCCAGCAAUGAUUGUAGAAUUUGUAUAUGGAGUGUCUCACAACAAAAAGUGAUCAGCACCUUGGACAGCUUCAACUCUGUGCCAGUAUGUAUCGGAUGGUGUCCUCAUGACCAGGAUUCAAUAGCUUACAUUAAUGGGCGUGGACCGAUGCAAAUAUGGAGCUACACUGCCCCUGCUGAAAAGAUAGUGUCAAAGUAUCUAGAAUCUGUGACAUUUUUUUCUGAUGUAAGCCAAUUUCGCUGGAACCAUAAAAAGCAAGGAAAACUUGUUUUUGGUCAUGUUGAUGGCAGUAUAACUGUUAUAAAUCCUGGCCAGAAACCUUUCAAGCAUUAUUUAAGACCCGAGACUGUUGAAGAUCAGGAUGAAGAGGACCCUGUGACGAGUCUUGAAUGGGACCCGCUAUCAGUGGAUUACUUGUUAGUUUCCAAUGCCUAUCAAGGAACAAGACUGAUUGAUACUGACUCCAUGACGGUGAUCAUGAAUUUUAAAUUACCAAGUUCAGCAACAAAAAUUCACACUUUGGCUUGGGUUCCCUCAGCACCCGGGAUAUUUGUGACAGGAGGUAGAUAUAAUAUCAUGAGUUUAUGUAAUCAUACUUACAUUGUUUUGACUGAACAGUUUUGCAGUACAGGAAACGUAGUGGGCCUACUGUAGACAUGUUUAGGAUUGAAUUAGCAUGUCUAUAAAAGCCCCUCUCAUUCCACCCCACCAUCAGCGACAGUUCAUUAGAAAGAGUUCCUUGUGGCAGUAAGCAAUGAAAGGUGGUUCUAUUUAUAGCCUAGGAAAAAAAUUAGCAAUGUGGUGAUCAUCAAGAGAGAAUUAUAUAAGUGUUAAUGAACUAUAACCCUAACCCUAACCUCAUUCGUAACGCUACACUGACUCAUAACUUGACUCAUAACUCAGUGACUCAUAAAAGCUGUUAAACAAGCUUUCUUUUGAUGGUGGUAGAUGAAAGUUUCCGCUAUACAUGCAUACAUCAGACAAAUAUAUUGAAAAUUAAAAAAAAUGACAAGUAAUUACAGCUGGGCUGUGCCCUAGCAUUAUGGAGUAAUAGUUUUGAGCUCCCUACAAUUUUUCUCUAAAGCACAGCUCAGCUUUGAACCUAGUCAAAUAUAAAGUACUCUCUAUCCUGAAGAUCAUUUUGUUAUUGAUUAAUAGACCAAACGUGGGAAGGACCUAUGGAGAGUGUGCCAGGAAGUUCAAUGAACAUUAAUUUCUUAUCAUUUAUUUCAGACUCCCAAGCUGGAAUUUUGCGCAUAUGGAAUGUGUCAAAAAGCACCUCUAUGACAAACAUUAAGCUUAAAAUGACUGGUUUUCAUGCACUUAUUGUAGUGGAACCAUCACAGAGCAUAUCACCAACCAAUAAUAAUGAUCAUAGCUUUGUUGGAUUGUCUUCAACUUCUGCUGCAAGUGAAGCUCCAUCUUCACCCAAUCAAAUUGCAUAUGCUCUGCCUCCUGCCAGAAUUCUUUGCACAUUUCUUGAUGGUGGUGUUGGAUUGUAUGAUUUAGGGAAAAGGAAAUGGAGCUUCCUUCGUGAUAUGGUGAGUCUAGUUUCUGUAUCCCUUAGAAUUAGAUCAAAUGCCUAAGGGUGAUUGUUGUGUUACUAGUUAAGUGAUACAUUUCUUGAUCUGAUUUAGCAAUAAUUAAUGUCUGUAUGCCUUGUUAUCCCUUAUUAAUUUGAUCUAUGUUGAAUUUUGUUAGGGUCAUAUUGAGACAAUAUUUGACUGCAAGUUUAAACCUGAAAAUCCAGAUUUGUUGGCUACAGCAUCAUUUGAUGGAACAAUAAAGGUCUGGGAUGUCAACACCAUGACUGCAGUAAGUAUUUGAACUCACUCAGUCUCAGGCCUUGUUUUCUACAAUUAUGAGGUUUUCUUACUGUACUCACCAAUGACUGUGUUUUUUUUGCUUUACAGGUACAUUCUUCUCCUGGAAAUGAAGGAAUAAUUUAUGCCCUUUCCUGGGCUCCUGGUAAGACUUUGUAAGGCAUUAUAGUUUAAUUCUUAAAUUAUGUAAUCAAUUUAAAAAAAAAAGAUUAUAAGUACUGUUAUUUAUUAUAAUGAAUUAUUGUGAUAAGCAUUACACUUGUAGGGUUAAUCUAAGGUCUUACAGUAGUGCUAAAAUCAGUAAAGUAUCAGCUCCCCCAAAGUAUGAUUGAUUACAUUUGAAUUUGAAAUUAGGUCAUGUGACCCUUCCGAGAAUCCCCCAAAAAUGGUCACCUGACUUUGUCCUUUUGCAAACGCAAUAACAACGGUUUGUAGCUCAAAUCCUCUAACAUUGCUAGAAUAGAACUCUGUUAACCCUCUAAGUCCCAAUGGUGAUCAACAUCAAUUUUCUCUUAACCAUAUUUCAAAGAUUGUCAAGAGAUUAGGUUAUGAGAAUUAAUAAAUUGAUCACCUAAGCAGCGUGCAAAGAAAGUGGUGUCUGAUAGCCUGGGGCUAGUGGAUUUUGCUAUCGGGCUAGUGAAUCUUGUUGUUAACUUGCCCGACGAGCAAGUGAUCUUUCUUGAGGAAUUCAAAUAAUAGAAGAACUGUGAGAUCAAUUCUGCUCUUCAAAAAGCUUUUGGGGCUAGUUGAAAUGAUGUCUGGGCUAGUAAAUAUUAUCUUCAGAUAGCCCGAAUGGCAAGCUGUAAAAAUGAUUUUCUUUGCACCCUGACCUAAGAGAAAAUGCUUCGAUCUUGUAUCAAAUUCUCUCAACACAUUCUUUAAGGAAAUGUAUGGAGUUCAGUUUGGAGAAUUCAUAUGUGGAUAUUGGGGCUUAAAGAGUUAAAUCUCUCUGCCAGCUCCACCUGUUCAGGGUCCCCACAUAGCCAGUAUGAUCCAUGGUUUUGUAAGAUUAUAAUGACUCGUUGAACAAUACUUACUUUUUACUUUUUGUGCUGUUGUUGUUGUUGUCAUUUGUAGUUAUUGCAUAUUGUUUGCUAAUAAAAUUGUGUAAAAAUAAUAAUAAAAAGAUUGUAAUGGCUAACUUUCUGUGUAAAUUUUCAAAUGCAGCAUUUAACUUAAAAACUGUUUUAUAGGAGAUGUGAAUUGCAUUUGUGGAGCAACAGCAAAAAAUGGUGUCUUUAUCUGGGAUAUAAACAAAGGGAAAAUAAUCAAGAGGUUUACUGAGGUAAGUUAACCCAAAAAUUGUUACCACAGAUAGCAAAGUUGAGUUUGCAGAAUAUUGAUGCAUCCAUGUAAUGUUACAGGUAAUUAGCUUGCUGUUAAUUUUUUUUUCAAUAGCAUGGUAAACAUAACAUUUACAAUGUGAGCUGGAAUCACAAGGAUUCGCGAAGGAUAGCAUCCUGUAGUUCUGACAAAUCAUGGUGAGCCAUAUUUACUGGGCAUUUGAUAGAAAGGUUUUUUUGGUGGUAAGUCAAAUCGGAGAAGUAGUCAAUAAUUAUAAGUUGUGUUCUGCAAAAUGUUAAUUUUCACUUUUAAGUGAAACAACUGAAAAGUGACUUCACGUAAAGUUCAUUUUUUUCUGCUUAGUUACUGCAAUUCGAGUUGUAAAUAAAAUAAAAAAAUACCUUAUUUUUUGAACUCGAUAUGCUAUUCGAGGUAAUAGUACAGUAUAAAUUAUGAUUACAUCACACUGUAAAUAAUGUUCACUUUUUAGUGUUGUGCGACAUGUUGAUGGCACUUUGGUCAAGAGAUAUAAGCACCCUGGAUCAGUUUAUGGCUGUGACUGGAGUUUGAACAACAGGUAAAGAUGCAAAUAUAUUUCACAAAACGAAUUAAUAAUAUAUAGUUAUCAGUAUCAAACUUGAUGCUUUUAUCUGAUUUCAGGGACAUGAUUGCGACAGGCUGUGAAGAUAAAUGUGUCAGAGUGUUUUAUGUGGCUGCAAGCACUGAUCUUCCUUUAAAGAUCUUCUCUGGUAUGCAUAUUUUUUAAUUUGCCAAAACUAAACUGAAUUUAAAUAAAGUAAAGAAGCAUGUAGAGAUGAUAUACUGUAAUCCUUGGGGAGAUAUUUCAUAUUGAGGCAUAUCUUGCUUGUCCUUGAAUUCAUUGAUACAUAUUAAUCAUUAUCAAAUAUAAAUUGGGUGAUUAUUAGUUUCCCUUUCAGCCAAGUUAAUUCAUAAGAAUGGCAAAAGUUUUUAACUACUCUGUACUGGUCAGGCAGUGAAAAAAAAAUCUAAAAAUAUGUUUUUGUACAGAGAAAGUUAUAUUUUGUUGUUCUAUUGUUGAUUUGGAGGUUCAUUUCCUUAGGUCACACGGCAAAGAUUUUUCAUGUGAAAUGGAGUCCCAUACGUGAAGCUAUUCUCUGCAGCGGGUCAGAUGAUGGGUAAUAAACUUUGUUUUCUUAUUUCUAACUUUCAUUGUGGGCUGUUAAAUUUCUAGUAUCAAUUUGUAAGCACUGUCCAUAGUAUUGUCUUUAUGUAAUCUGUUUUAUGUCUGUAAGCACUGUAAGUACUUGUUCUUGUAAAGAUUGCAAUAAAACAGUAAUUAUUAAAUAAUAAAAUCAAUUGCACCUCACCUGGCCUGUACUUCGUGAUGUUCAGAUAUUUGUGACUUUUAGUGAAUAUUAAAGCAGUUUUGAUUUGUAGAACAUUGGUAAGCAAAUAGUGACUUACAGGUAGCCUUAACAAGCUGUAGUAAUUUAUUUAUUCAUUUUCUUGUUUUGAGCAGCACCAUAAAAAUCUGGGAUUAUACUGAGGUAAGACACUAAUACUGUCUUCAACAUAAUUUGUAUUUUUAGCUAAACGAAAAAGUUAGAUUGCCAAAAAAUUCUCCUACCUUGAUACAAUGAGGCUGCCUCAUAUUUGCACAGUGUUGAGUAGGAGACAAAAAGCAUAAGUUUUCACAGAAAGUAACCAGAGCUGGUUCUAAACUGUAUAGAGAGCACAGAAUACUUAAUUUCUUUGAUUAUUGUAACACUUUACAUUUGAAUUGGAUUGACAUUGCUCCCAUUUUCUCCAUAGGACUCCUGCAUUAACACGCUUCAAGGACACAAAGCCCCUGUUAGAGGUCUACUCUGGAGUCCAGAGAUCCCAUACCUGUUGAUAUCUGGAAGCUGGGAUCAUGCGAUUAGAAUAUGGGAUACAAGGUACUGGACAUAAUUCUUUCUGUAUGCAAAAGAAGGUCAACUUGGAAAGUUCGUUGGACUUUGAUUCCCUUACAAAGGAAUUAACAAAUAGUUAUUAUAUUCUUUAUAUCUGUAUGAAAUAACACUUCAUUUCAUAUUUUUAAGAGAUGGAUCUUGCUUAGAAACCGUGUUGGAUCAUGGAGCAGAUGUGUACGGUAUGUAGCCAUACUUUCAUCACCCACAGGCCAAAGUUACUUAUAGGGGGUCUAUAGAGGGAGCGUGUGAAUCAACGAACUGAGAUUAUUUUCCUUGUCCAAUGCCACGGCCUUCAUUCAUAUAAAGCUCCACCAAUGCUUACCUCAUCUCUAGAAACUUUUUUAUUGUUCUAAGAGGAUUUUUUCCAAACAAGUUCGCAGAGAAGAUAACAAUUUUCAAUGAAUUCUUCAUUUCGCUUCAUGCUAGCCACAGCCUUCCGAGAUACGCCUUAUGUUGUCUAAUUUCUGAAUUUCUUUUGCGUAUUCUCUACUCCGCCAUGGAGGUCACCUUGUUGCAACAGCUUGGCUGAAUAAAUCUUUGUGAACCUGCGUUGUAUAUGUUUUUAUUUCUUACCAUAACAGGUUUUUUUUGUAACCUACUGUACAUUUUGUUAAUUGUAGGUCUGACUUGUCAUAGAUUCAGACCGUUCACUGUAGCAUCAUGUUCACGUGACUCAACUGUCCGGAUCUGGUCUUUGUCGCAUUUGGCCUGCUCCUUACAGAUUGACGUCCUGGCCAAAAAACCUUUGGAAGAGAUCGUAACACCCAAUACAGGUAUGGUAUCUGCACAGAUAUCAGAGAUUUUGUGUGUUUGAAGAAAAGUAAUUUCAUGGCAAAAAAAAUUAUUCAGGGACUCAAAAGUUUUAAUUGAUGACGUUUUGCCUCUUGUAAAAACAACUUAACAGUUUUGAAAACUGGCCACAGAUAUAAAUCGCUACGGUCACAAUCUUUAAUCGAAGAACAUCACAUCCCUCGAAGCUUAUUAAACGAGCAUAAAUAAAUGAAUAAAGAACUAAAUAAAAGGUUGUUUAACGUAGAAGAGUUUAACGGACGUUUUUGGUUUCUAUAGAAACGGCCAUGUCAAGUGGAGGUCCCCCGCUGUUAAAUGGACGAGUCUCUCGUGAACUGAAAGCCACUGUUGCGACUAAAGGCGACAAGUCUCAUAUGUCAGCAAUCAAACUUCUUUCGGAUUUCUUUACGGUAAUUCCAGCUGCAAUUUCUUUCUCGUUAAUAUUGCUACCCUGUCUUGUGCCUUUGCAUGAGACGAAUGCUGUUCUUUAUUACAUGAAACUCUUAAAGUUGUGGGUCCGUGGCAUUGAUUAAAAAAAAGCAAAUGCCGAUUUCCGUUACUUAAAGAGAAUACUCCUCCUACAAAGACUCUUGCGCCAGGAAAUUUCUCUCGGGAAAUGAGAAGUUUUUUUAACAAAAUAAGAAAGGAUUUUCGUAACUUUUUAACUUUUUAACUUAAUGUACUUUUUGUCAGCUGUUUGCUGGAGUAAUGUUACAACAGAAACUGCUAUUGGAAUUUCUGCAGUUUGAAAAAUAGUCUUCAACGUCACUUGACAGUUUUACUCACUCCCCUCUUUAAUAUUUGUUAGCUGCCAAGAAAGAGGAAAACCUCCCUGCUUUAUAACCUGCCUGAUGUUCGUUCAGUAGAAAUGAAUAUUUUUCCUGUGUUUUUUCUUUCAAUUUUUUAUUCCUCAGCCUCCUUGUGGAGGGCGGAACUUGUGGGACUUGGUAUUAGUAUUGUGCGAUGGUGAAGAAAGUACAUUACCAGCAUCUUACAGCAAAGGAAUUAUUCACAGCAAACAUCUAAUCAAGUAUAAAGCAGUGAGUAUGCUACUGCUGUUAGUUCAAGCUCAGGUUUUUCAUCAUUAACUCGCUUUCUCACGUUUCUUUGUUCAUAUUACAGAUGAUACUUAGAAACCGUGUUGGAUCAUGGAGCAGAUGUGUACGGUAUGUAGCCAUACUUUCAUCACCCACAGGCCAAAGUUACUUAUAGGGGGUCUAUAGAGGGAGCGUGUGAAUCAACGAACUGAGAUUAUUUUCCUCGUCCAAUGCCACGCCCUUCAUUCAUAUAAAGCUCCACCAAUGCUUACCUCAUCUCUAGAAACUUUUUUAUUGUUCUAAGAGGAUUUUUUCCAAACAAGUUCGCCGAGAAGAUAAUAAUUUUUAAUGAAUUCUUCAUUUUGCUUCAUGCUAGCCACAGCCUUCCGAGAUACGCAUUAUGUUGUCUUGUUUCUGAAUUUCUUUUGCGUAUUCUCUACUCCGGCUUAGAGGUCACCUUGUUGCAGCAGCUUGGCUGGAUAAAUCUUUGUGAACCUGCGUUCUAUAUAUAUAUAUAUAUAUUGUUUACCAUAACAGGUUUUUUAGUAACUUACUAUACAUUUUGUUAAUUGUAGGCCUUACUUGUCAUAGAUUCAGGCCGUUCACUGUAGCAUCUUGUUCGCGUGACUCAACUGUCCGGAUCUGGUCUUUGUCGCAUUUGGCCUGCUCCUUACAGAUUGACGUCCUGGCCAAAAAACCUUUGGAAGAGAUCGUCACACCCAAUACUGGUAUGGUAUCUGCACAGAUAUCAGAGAUUUUGUGUGUUUGAAGAAAAGUAAUUUCGUUGCAAAACAAAAUUACUUAGGAACUCGCAAAUUUUAAUUGACGACGUUUUGCCUCUUGUAAAAACGACUCAACAGUUUUGAAAACUGACUACGGAUAUAAAUCGCUUCGGUCACAAUCUUUAAUCGAAGAACAUCACUUCCCUCGAAGCUUAUUAAACGAGCAUAAAUAAAUGAUUAAAUAACUAAAUAAAACGUUGUGUAAGGUAGAAGAAUUUAACGGACGUUUUUGGUUUCCAUAGAAACGGCCAUGUCCAGUGGAGGUCCGCCGCUGUUAAAUGGACGAGUCUCUCGUGAAUUGAAAGCGACUGUUGCGACUAAAGGCGACAAGUCUCAUAUGUCAGCAAUCAAACUUCUUUCGGAUUUCUUUACGGUAAUUCCAGCUGCAAUUUCUUUCUCGUUAAUAUUGCUACCCUGUCUUGUGCCUUUGCAUGAGAAGAAUGCUGUUCUUUAUUACAUGAAACUCCUAAAGUUGUGGGUCCGUUGCUUUACUUAAAGAGAAUACUCCUCCUUCAAAGACUCUUGCGCCAGGAAAUUUCUCUCGCGAAAUGAGUUUUUUUUUUAACAAAAUAAGAAAGGGUUUUCGUAACUUUUUAACUUACUGUAUGUACUUUUUGUCAGCUGUUUGCUGGAGUAAUGUUACAACAGAGGAUGCUAUUGGAAUUUCUGUAGUUUGAAAAUUAGUCUUCAACGUCACUUGACAGUUUUAUUCACUCCCCUCUUUAACAUUUGCUAGCUGCCAAGAAAGACGAAAACCUCCCUGCUUUAUAACCUGCCUGAUGUUCGUUCAGUAGAAAUGAAUAUUGUUCCUUUUUUGUCUUUCAAUUUUUUAUUCCUCAGCCUCCUUGUGGAGGGCGGAACUUGUGGGACUUGGUAUUAGUAUUGUGCGAUGGUGAAGAAAGUUCGUUACCAGCAUCUUACAGUAAAGGAAUUAUUCACAGCAAACAUCUAAUCAAGUAUAAAGCAGUGAGUAUGCUACUGCUGUUAGUUCAAGCUCAGGUUUUUCAUCAUUAACUCGCUUUCUCACGUUUCUUUGUUCAUAUUACAGAUGAUACUGAUCACUCUUUAGGUCGCUUUCUUUGUUUGAUCAACUCGAAAAAGGGCGACAAACUUGUGCAUGUAAUAGACAUACUCAAAACCGUGCUGACAGAGAGAAGCUUUCAGUGACUAACUUUAUUGUGUUUUUAAGUCCGAAGCACAGGAAUUAGAAACAGUACGAACAAGCAGAGCAGGAAGGAUGAUGGCCAAGAGGGAAGACAGAAUAAGAGAAGCUGCCAGUUUGCAAGUCAAGAUCGGUCAGCUGCAAAGAUACUGUGAACUUAUGGUUGAACUGGGCGAGGUAAACCUUAGGACACUUAAGCGCUCCCUACAUCGUACGAGAGACAAAAAACGAAAAGCGAUCUGUUUUAUGCUUGAAAACCUGGCUGUAUACUUUUUGAGGAUUUACUUGUCCAAAGGAUAAGCAAGGUUGAUGACCUACUUGUCCACUGAUCAAAACCACUUGUCUGGGGCAAGUGGACACCGUUUUGGUCGCACCCUGAAACGAUCAUCAUGAAUGUAUUAUCUUAUCAUCAGCAUUGUCGAGUUCACCGUCGCUGUCGUCUUCAAUACCAUUACCUCUGUCUUUUGCAGACAAUUAUUUCACCCUGGCCGUCUGUAUAGACUCUUUUUCUCAGUACUCUUUAUUAUAGACUGCAAAACAGUCGGGGUUUUUCUCAAAAUCAGUAAAGAAAUCGUUAAAGCGUGGCGUAAGAGUCUUACGCGCGCGUAGCAAAAAAAAAACGGAUUCUUAGCGUCUCUCCCCAGUCUCGCUCUCUGUUUUCAGCGUCGUUCCAGACCUUUUGUUUGACUGCUCGCGCGUAGGUACUUGAAUACCCAAAAAUACGGACUGUUUUGCAGUCUAUCUUUAUUAUUUGUUUACUCGAUAGUGGGACAGGGCUUUGGCAAUGGCGCCAGGGGUGUCGAUGGAUUACUGGAGAGAGCUGACGGAAAGGUGCGGAAACAAUUCUCAAAUUCCUUUUUUUGGUCAUCUUUUCAAGCUUUAAUGCCUUGAUUAUUGGUAAAGUAGACUAGAGCGGUUUUCAUUUGAGUGUCGAAAAGUAAUUGGUUUUGCACUUUCUACACGAUGCGAUUGGCUUAAAAGAUUGGCGCCACCUUUUCAUCCAAUCAGAAGUAAAACCAAAGCCAAUUGUGACGCGCUCGCAUGCAUUUUCCCGCGCUUUGCGUCAGCCACAUGUAAUUACUUCGAGUUUUGAUUGGUUCAAUGUAUUGUCUGUGUCCUAUGUGAUUGGCCAGAGUAAUUACUGUGGUUUUGGUUUUACGACACUCAAACGAAAACCACUCUAAACGGUAACUCAGUCUGCCUAACCCUUUCGUGGAAGCAAGUCCAUCUGAGUUCCUUUCACUUUUGCCGUUAGUAAUAUAGUAUUUCGUUGGGAUGUAGCCACGCAAAAAGUAUGCAUCACUAGAAUUCGCCACUUAAGCAACCAGGGGCCGAGUUAACGUUCGCAAAGACUUCUGGGACUGUUACUAGGCAGAGGGGAAAAAUUGGCCAACAGCUGACCGGCGCGUCCCCAGCAACCAUCCCAGAAACAACUGCGCGGCACAUUUCGGCUACAGUCGCCUUCUCUUUUCUAAAGUUCCAAAAAAAAGCAAGUUGAAUUUUUAAUGCGAACAUCUGUGAUGCAAAUCUAAGCGUUUUUGCUUGUGUCUUCGUUAACUACAUUAGUAUGGCUAUGCUGAGUUAAUCCCUGUUUGUCCGCUUUUGAACUUUGUCGUAGACGCACUGCUCAGCUCAUGAGGGAGGAUAAUGAUGCAGCUGUUCCUUACUGCGCUGCUUUGGGAGAUGCAAACAAGGUACCGGCCAUCACACAAUGACUUGAUUGACUUUUUCUCACAUUUUGUUUUCUUUAUUCAUUUUUAUUCUUUUUCUCGGACUUUCUGCAUAUGAAUUCACUUCUUCACUUUAGAAGGUUCUCAUUUUACAACUCGAAAAACAACAACAGCACCAACAAACAAACAAAGAAACAAAAACCCAGUUAAUCCAGCAGAAUAACGUUUCAUUAGCGAUACGAUAUCCUAGCUCAAGUUUUGCUCGUUCUUUUCAUUUCCAGUUGGUUUCAUUCUUUACAUCACGUGGCCAGCUUCAUGACGCACUAUUGGUUGCUCAGGUGGCGUGUGAGGGAGGUAUUUCAUUACCGCCGAAGAAAGAAACGACACCUCUGGAUCUUAAGAAAAACGACAUUUUACCCUCGCUGACAAACUUUAUGACCGAUGAGAACAAAGGGUGAGCAAUUGUAAUGCAGUGAUGUUUUAGUGCUGGAAGCAAGGCUUCUUUCAUGCCGCAAAUAACAGUUUUCUAACCCAGUUGAAAAAUCGGUGGUGUUUAGUUGCCGCAUAAACGAUUUCGUAAGUGAAAUAUCUGCAAGCGACGAUUCCUUAGUGAUGGUUGCAACGUUACUCUUCUUGUCGUUCAGGUCGACUUUUGAAGUUUUUUUAGUAAGGGAAACGGGAGACUCGAAAAUCAAAAAUCCAAGUUUUCCCAACAGAAGUAGAACCAAUAACGUACACAAGAGACGUUAUUACAGAUCCUUUAAGCUCGCCCUAAAGCCCGCCUGAGAGAUCCUAGUAACUCCUGUGGAUGCUAGUCCGGAUGCCUUACCACUGAACUAUUAGAAAUUCAUGGGACAAUACUGGGAAUUCAUCGUUUGUUGCUACAUUUUGUAGGCUGCUUCAGUCCACGAGCACAGCAUUAGCAGACUGGUAUUUCUACAGUGGGCAGCCUGUGUUGGCUGCUUGUUGUCAUCUGGCUGUUGGUGAUGUCAAGGUUAGAGCUCAUGAAAGAUUUUAUGUAAAUUGCCUUAUUGUGUAGUCUUAUCAUGAAACCUUACUAAGUACUAUGAGUUGAAGCCACAACUCUCCAUGGGUAGUUUUCGCUAUACCGGCCUUUCCACAACUUUUUGUUCUUUCAAAACUCUAGCAAACACGUUUUCACUUUUCCAAAACUCUUAAGUCUCUAUCCGCCUGUAACCUCUCCCCCAAGAACUGAAUUAACUGGAUUAACAAAAGUAGGGCCCACAUGAGAAAAAGCGAUUUCCUUGUUUAGAAGUAAAGUCAUUCUUUUCAGUUGGAUUUGAUUUGUUACUUUAAGAUGUAUCUUUGUGGAAUACAUUACCACCAACGUGUAUUUCUUAUCCUUAACAAUUAUAAUUCUUUAUAACUUAAAUUCUCUAAUAAUUCUAAAAUGUUAUUUUGCAUUAUUAAGAUUAAUUAUUUGCACAUUUUAUUCAACAGUUACUUGAAAAUGUCACAGAUAUGACCCCAGGGGCGGAUCCAGGGGAGGAGCCCGGGGGGGGGGGGCUGGGGCCCCUUAUUUUUGGACCAAACUAAGGCCCAAAGUGCCGAAAAAAUUUUUUUGAGACCGCCCCCCUAUUGUCAGGGUCUAGAUGACCCCCCCCCCCCCACCUGAUCUUAAAGUCUGGAUCCCGCCCCUGGACCCGGCUACCAAAUAUAGACAUGUUUAUGUUCUUGUAUGUUGACGUCAUUAGCAUGAUGCCCUGUUUGUUUUCAGUUUGCGUUAUCCAAGCUCAUUCGAGGCAACGAGCUUGAACUCGCUGUCAGCAUAGGAAUGGUACUAAAUGAUGACAGCCAAAUGCAUCACUUAGCUGUGGAAUUUUUGGCAAGAAAAUGUGAAAGAUUGGGCAAAUGGUAAGAGCUUUAAUCAUCUACACCGUUUUAUACGUUAAAAGCAGAAUGUAUUUGUCGUUGCUGUUCCGACCUCUUGCCAGUUCGGUGACUGAGAUGCUAUUUUUGUCUCUAUUUAUUUUAGGGACUCUUGUAUUGCCUUACUGAAGUUAUUACCAUCCAGCGGAAACUACCUGGUCAAGUCAUGCGCGAGAUGCCAGGGAACAGUUACGGAAUUAAACGAAUUGCACGAAAAGGUAGCGUAACCUCGCUACUGUUACAGUUGGCAUAUUUCAAUGCAUCAGCAUGCAAACACUGCCACAGAAAAGAACUAGUCACUCGGAGUUUCAGCCUCCAGAGUAUCGAACAUAUGCAACAUCAAACAAAUAAACAAACAAACUUUCAAUGAUCCCAGUUCAAGAUUUCAUAUUUGAACUCAAAAGGUAGAACCCGCACUUUGCACAGCUACGCAGAUAGAUACUGCUCAGUAGCCUUGAUAUUUUGAUGGUAAUACUUUGGAUCUUAUCCUCUUAACGGCUGCAGCGAGACAAAUAUAUGGGCUUAUGAUAAAAACUAAUACUGAAUCUCUUACGGUGGUGAUGCGGUCAGUAUCAACUUCAUAAGUGAUGUAGUGUAACUUUCUUUUGUUUUUGUGUGAUCACUUAUCAGGCGGGGUUACCAAGUGUGGAGGAAUGUUUACAGAAAGCAGAACAGUUUUGUGAUGAGAACAAAUUCCUGGAAGCCAUGAAGUAUUACCUUGUUUCUUCUUCACCUGAGUUAGCGCUUGAUAUCGGCCUGAAUCUUGUGCGAGGUAAGAUUGCCGGCGGUCCUAGGUUCGAGAUUCGCUUCCGCCAACAACAGUAUUCUCGGUCGUUCCUGGUUCAAAUCUUGACCCAUGUUUGUUAUUUGCUAUCUGGUUGCCUCUUGUCAGUUUGGGUUGUUCUGUUUGCAUGAUUUCUUUGUUAUUGCCUGAUAGGGAGUUUACCACAGGGUAAGAACUUUGUUUUGCACCGUAUGUUUUUCUAGGCUCUUUUGUGCUGACUUCUUUUUUUCAUUGUUUUUACGUCAUCCUUAGAAGUUUAACAGGUUCUUACACCGAGGAUGAGCUCUGAUAGGAGUGCCUGAAAACUAGUUAGAGCAGCGAGGUUAGACUUGCCUACAAGUCGAGAUCAAAAUUUUUCCCGAGCGCAAAGCGAAGCGGGCCUACUACCGUAACCGGAAAUGAAAAGCGUAGGAAUUUGGGAAAGUCUACAGCGAAACGUACUUCCACCGUAAACAAAGCAUUUACCAUUUAUCGGCGUUAUAUUUUCUUCGAACUUUGCCAUAUCUAUUUUUAAUGUAAAGGUUUCCCGGUAUGUAAGUAAUCUUUUUACUUGUUUUAGAUGCCAUGAGAAAACCCUAUUGGGUGCUGGAUGAAAUACUAGGUGUGGUCCAAUUAAUGUCGUGUAUUAGGACAGACCGCUUACAGCAAAACAGGAUUUCCAAGUAAGACAUUUUUAGCGGAAAAUACAUUACUGGUAUUUACACGGAACUAGCCCAGUUGUACUGUUUUAUCGUAAACACGACUUGACAUCCAGACCUUUCGUCUCACAAAUGCCCGCAUUUCUCACUAACAGUUAAAAAAAAGGCUGUGGAUCAUUGAUGUCUGCGGUAAUGCAACCUUCCCUCAAAGAUCAUGUUGUUUAUAUCCAAGAUUGCCAUGAAAGUAAAGAGACUUUUUGGAUGGGUAUCCUUUUAAUUCAGUGUGACCAUUCAUCCACCCAGCUUGAUAGCUGACUUCAUGCGUUUUUUUAAAGAAGGAAACAAAACAAAACAAAACUGUGUUUAAAAAAAAAAACACCCAGUAGGACUGGAGGAUCUUGUCUUUGAUUCUAUUGGUAUCACCUUGAAUAUCUACACUGAAGGAGCGUUCAAGAUAAUUUUAACCCACGGCGAUAAUUUUUGUCGUUCCUCCGUAUAGGCAAAGACAAGAACUUCUUGCACUGAGUGCAUACGUUGGAGCGCUGUUAGCAAUAAGGAGAAAGUACGAUCCAAUCGUCCAUCCUCUGUUUAAACACGCUAGGUAAGACUGAUAUUAUUUGAGAUUUUAUUCCUCUCUUUACUGCUGCCAAUUAUUUCAAUAUGACGGUGUCCAACAAGAAAGCCCUUGCUACUUUGGACACCGUACACAAAUGAACUUAAUAUCUUUUAGUUAAUUAUUAUUUGUAGCUACUUUAUUUUCCUACUAUGUACACUUAUGUAAAUAUCUUCUAUAGUGUGAAUAAAGAAUUGAAUUGAAUUGAAUUGAAUUGACUGAAUUUAGUUUUCAAGCGCAAUUGGUAAACAGUUCCAGCAUAAUUUGUUCAUCGAUUUUUGUGUUUAAAUGUCAGUUUUCAUUAAAAAUUCAAAGGGCAAUGUUAACUCCUUUUUAUCUGACGUUCGUUUUCCAAUGAAACCGUGAGUGCUUAGCGAGCUGGUUUCGAAGAGAAUCAAGGCUGGCAAUGACCUUGCUUUGACUCAACCGUCACUGUCUUCGUAUAUCGAAGUGGAUUUCGCUUUCCAUUCUAACGCUUAUUAACAGUUUGCACAUUUUUAUUUCUGUGCGCAAAGUAGCACGACGCCCAAAGCAGUUCCUCUGACCACUGUCCUAAAAGCCUCUGUUUUGUUACCCUGCGAGCAGUUAAUUGAGAGCUUUUGAUUUGAGGACGAGAUCGAGUAUGAGAUUUAACUUAAAGUUUUUGCGCGUAUUCUCAAAAAAAAAAACUGCCGGACAGCUUCAUUUUACUUUAUUUCACCAAAAAAUGUCAUUAUUAGUACGGUUAUUUAUACUCCGCCGAUAGCAAAAUGAUAAAAUUCCGAACAUUUGAUAACUUGUUUUGGCCACUAAGACAUUCUCGUUAAAACUCGUAGAAGAAUGACGAUGGCUGUCACAUUUUCCCGCCAAAAUGACGUUGGUUCGCGCACGCGCACCACUUAGUAUUGAGAAAAUCUCGUUCUCAUAGUUCUCAUCUUUGAAUCUAAAGCUCUCUAAUACGCUACUUGGGACGGCUUCGCAAAUGCUAACAGCCAUCCUGGAAAGAAACCUCUGCCCACAGGGCAUUUUUUUGUUGGUUAGAACUGAAAACCAUAUUGUCAAAUUCAUUUGAUUUCUUUCUGUUCAAGGCAACUGUUUCACACGGACAAAGUGGACUUGGCGGUCACAACUUCUCAACUUGAAAUGGAAUCCGAAGCCUGGCUCGCAUACAAACAACCUCUCAAGUGAGUAGCCAGUCUCCACUGAAUUCUCUUAAAAGAUUCAUUGUUCCUGGUUUGUAUAUUGCAGAGUCACAGGACACCUACAUUACAGGAGGGUGACCCUGUGUUGUAGUAUAAAGCAGGUAUCAGUAUUGCGCUACCCUCCUCCCUACACCUGGAUGGUAGGCUAGUCGAUCGCAGAGGCACCUCUGGUAUAUUUUCUGAUUCGCUGUCUGAUAUUCUUUAUUUCCAGUCCGUCGGUGACGCCUUCUCAAGAACAGAAAGCCGUGUGGGACUCUCUGCUAAAUCGAGUUGGUAAGAUACGUUCUCUGUCGAAAAAAAAAAGAAAGUUUAGGAUUGUUAUCUUUGAUUUGUGGCGGACUGGAGAGGAUUAAGAAUUAUUUGUCGACACUUUAAGGCCGCUAUGGACGCUUUAUGUUCUUGACCGUGCACUGACCACUCUUGCUUGUUUUAAGGAAGAACGAUUCGACUUUUUUUUUCAAUUUCUGCUUCCUCCAGGGAAAGAGCCAUCGAUAUACUUGACGGGUGUGGAUAUGGUUACAGGUUCUUUGCUUCCCAGCCAUUCUGAUGUUCAAUUGUCUUGCCUCACAGGAGAGCGAAUCAAGGUAUAAAUAAUUAGACGUACCAGUAGUUACUUCCGUUGAAUCUGGUGCUUGCAUAUACUGAGUGUAAUAAAGCUUGACAAUAGAUGAAAGGGGUGGUGGGGGGUGAGGGUGUUGUUGCACAAUUUCUUGCGUCCAGGGCUCUUGUUAAAGGCUGUCGAGUAAAUAAUAUAAAAACAAGAAAGACUGAGAAAAAUAAAGACUGUUGUCACUUUGUCAUUUAUAUGUUUCUUCCUUUUUCAGGGCCAGGCGUUUUUUUUGAAUGACGGACGCUCUGUAAUGUCAUUAAACAAUGCACUGAUGUGGGCCAAGGUAAACGCCUUUUCACUAGUAGGUGCUGGAGUGCGUCUUGAGCCCUUCUGA